AUGAGGCUCUCAUCUUUUCUCGCAGGAAGUCAACUGACCCUUCCAUUAACAUUGAAUCCUGUCUCCCCCACUUCCAAUCAUACAGCCUCGCUACUCUCAGCUGAAUAUGGCACGACCUUUAACGUGGAUGUCACAUUAGCCAAUCAGACAUUCAAACUUCUUGUUGACACCGGAAGUAGCGACACAUACGUUGUGAAACAAGGCUUCGUAUGCAUUGACCAGACAACCAACCUUGAGAUCGCCCAAGAAGCUUGCCAGUAUGGUUCUCAAGCAUACAUUGAAUCCAGCACAUACCACGUGAUCCCAAACCAAACAUUUGGUGUGCAGUAUGGAAACGGCAUCGCCUCCGGAGUUAUGGCCUACGAAGAUGUCACUCUAGCAGGAAUCACUGUUCCAGAACAGGUUGUCGGAAUCGCCGAUCACAGCACUCCAAUGGGUGAUGGUGUUAACUGCGGCGUAUUGGGUCUAGCAUACCCUUCCCUCACAUCUGCGCAUCCGAGAAAAAGUACAGAUAAUACAACUUUCUUUUUCGAUCGGGAAGUGUACAGUCCACUAUUCAACACUAUGUAUGAGCGAGGUCUCGUCGAGGAACCUUAUUUCAGUAUCGCUCUCGCUCAUACUCCGCGCAAUUCCUCCGCCCCAACAUUCGGUGGCUACCUCACUCUGGGUGACCUUCCACCUGUGGCUUAUAAGCCGGAGUUUUCUAUAGUUCCGGUGGAGAUCCUUCAAAAUAUUCCACCUGCCUUUACCUCUGGGAAACGGACUCGAUCUUACUGGGCUUUUACUGUAUCUGCAGUGACCUAUGGAUCCACACAAGUGAAAUCUAAUACAAGCACCACUUCAAUGACUACGAAUCGAACGCCAUUUCAGGUAUUCACGGAUACUGGGAACGAUUUUAGUAUUUUGCCAGCUGAAAUCGUCAAUCCCAUAAAUGCUUUAUUUGAUCCGCCGGCUGUCUAUAAUGAAGCCUUGGGAGCUUCUAUCGUGGACUGUGAUGCGGAAGCGCCUAUCUUUGGGUUUGAGAUUGGAGGUCAGAUAUUCUACCAUUAUGGACAAGAUCUCAUCUUUCAGAUCGACGAUGGGCUCUGUGUUUCGAGUUUCUUGGCGUCAGAGAAUGUCUCGUAUGAGGGCAUCGUGUUGAAUAUUCUAGGCGUACCGUUUUUGAAAAAUGUGGUGUCAGUUUACGAUUUUGGGAAGAAUGAGUUGCGAUUCGCGCAGAGAUUGGAUUGA